AUGGUUAGCCAAGAUACAACUGACCAAGAUAUAAUUAACCAAAAUAAAAUUAGCUAUGAUACAAUCGAUCAAGAUACAAUUAGCCAAGAUAUAAGUGAUCAAGAUAUAACUGACCAAGUUAUAACUGAUCAAGAUAGUGAAAUAGAA